ACCAUCAUAAUAGUCAUUUGAAGAGUCAAUGAACGAUAACUGAUCAUUCAUGCAGUAAAAACUCAUACUCAUAUACAACUCAUGUAUUGAUCUCUGACUGUCAAUCAUCUCACAGAGCGCCUGUCAAUCAUCUCUGAUAACGACAGAUCUCGAGCGGCUCGUUCAGUGUUUGAUUUCUGUUUCCCUCUUUGAAACCAGGAAACUGUUUGAUGUUCAGCGGAUGUUCAGUCGCUCAGCAGUGCGCGUGAGAUCGAUCUCCAUCGAUAAUGAGUGAACAAAGUAUCUGUCAGGCGCGGGCCACCGUCAUGAUGUACGAUGACGGCAGUAAGCGCUGGUUACCGGCCGGUUCCGGCGCUCAGGCCGUCAGCCGGAUCCACAUCUUCCAGAACCCCAGUAACAACAGCUUCAGGGUGGUGGGACGCAAACAGCAGGCGGAUCAACAGGUGGUCAUUAACUGUCCUCUGGUCCGCGGGAUCAAAUACAACCAGGCGACUCCCACGUUUCACCAGUGGCGGGACGCGCGGCAGGUGUGGGGUCUGAACUUCGGCAGUAAGGAGGACGCGGCUCUGUUCGCCAGCGGCAUGAUGCACGCGCUCGACGUGCUCAGCGGUCACGCGGACACGGGUGCGUGUCCUCCUCCUCCUCGACCGCCUCAGAACGGCCCGAGCGCUGAGGAGUUAGAGCAGAGGAGGAGGCAGGAGCAGCAAGAGAGAGAAAGACAGGAGCAGGAGCGAAUGGAGCGAGAGAGACGGGCGUCUGCUGCUCCAGCCCCGCCCCCUGUUCCUCCUCCCGCUCCGGCCUCUGCUGCUCCUGCUCCUCCUCCUCCUGGACCUCCACCUGCUCCAGGACCCCCGCCGCCGCCCCCACCACCACCUCCUUCAGGAGGAGGAGCUCCACCCCCACCACCGCCCCCGCCCUCUGGUGGAGGAGGAGGAGGAGGGGGAGGAGGAGGAGGAGAUGGAGGUCUGGCCGCAGCACUCGCCGCAGCUAAACUACGCAAAGUGGCCAAGGAGGACAGUGGAGCACCGGCUCCUGCAGCGAGCGCCAGUGCAGGAGGAGGAGGAGGAGGAGGAGGAGGAGGCAGCAGUGGUGGAGGCGGAGGAGGAGGUGGAGGAGGACUGAUGGGAGAAAUGAGCGCCAUUCUCGCUCGAAGAAGAAAGGUUGCUGACACUCCAGCGGUGAAGAAGGAAGACGCGAGCGCUGAUUCUGUGAGCAACGACUCCAGAUCUGCAGAUAAAGCAGACGUGGUGAAGAAGCCUUGGGAGAAACCGUCGUCCAUUUCACGGGUGAACUCAGCGCCGAAGACUCAGGAGAAGAGCCCAGUUUCUCCGGCAACCACGGCUCCAUUGAGCAGGACGAGGCCCAGCAGCAGCACCGGAGCAGACACUGGAUCCAGAGACUCUUCAGAUCUGGAGAAAUUCAAACAGGAAAUCCUGGAGGAGAUGCGCAAAGAGCUGCAGAAAGCCAAAGAUGAAAUCAUCAGCGCUCUGCUGGAGGAGCUGCAGAAGAGCAGCGUGGUGUAGCAGCGUCACGCGUGAACAUCAGGACGAUGAAGAGACGUCUGCUCAAACCACAGACACAAGACGCUUCGUUCUUAUGCACUGCGAAAAAUGAUCUUCCUCAGUAUUUGUGAACAAAAUAAAGAUACAUUUACUCCCACACCACAUAACAACCAAUCACAAAACUGGUAUGAAAUUCAGUUCAGCUCCAGAUAUACAUACACACACAGUGUGGGCGGAGCCUCUCUGCAAGCGCACUGCAGCCACUUGUCAGUCAAUGGCCAAAAAUACAUAAUUUUAUACUAUAUUAAUAGAAGUAAGAAUCAUUUUUAAGAUAAAUAGCAUCUUUAAAAUAAAUUACAUUUUUUUGAGUUUGUGACAGAAUUUUUUAAAAUGAGCAAAAUAGUAGUGAUAAACUUAAAAUUCAAAAGGAAUUUUUAUUUUUGUGUUAUUUUAAGCAUAAACUCAAUUCAUUUUGAUACAUUUUUCAUAAAACAAGUCUUCUUAUGUCAUUUUGCUUCUCAAGUAAAUGUAUCUUGAUUUAAGAAUGUUUGUACUGGAAAACAAGAUGCCUACAUACUUGCAUUUACCCUUAUUUUUACAUCCGCUGCCUUGCACUUCUGUUUUCUUGCAUCAGUUUUGUGCGUGUGAAUAUUAAUGACCUCUAUUCAUAUUUCUCUGAUCCGCUGCUGUUCAUUCCAUCUAAUGCAUGUUUUAAUUAUUGCUCAUGUAGUAAUAUUGUCACUUGUUAGUUGUUUACAUCUGUAAUAAUCCGACCACAUGUUAUUUAUCAUCUGCUGUUCUCAGAUCUGUGUUUGACCAGGGGGUUUUCAAACUGGGGCCUCCGUGGAAAGAGAAAAUGUAAGAUUGGACAAAAAUAAAUAAAUGUAUUUAAAUAAA